CAUUGUUGUUAAAUAUUCGGACAUAAUCAUCGGACAGUACUAUGGACACACUCAUGCUGACACAGUGCGAAUAAUAAACGAUAAAUCAGGAAAUGAAAUAGUAGGAUCUGCGUUGAUUUCACCUGCAACAUGUGGUACCUCGGGGUAUGGCGGGAACCCUACACUGCGCAUGGUCAGAUACGAAACUACGGAUGCCAAACUAACAGAUAUAUGGCAAUACUACAUGAACCUUACAAAGGCAAACGCUGAUCCAGAAAACGCAGAAUGGGAACUCGAGUAUAAAUUCACAGAAGCAUAUGGGGUCAAUGAUAUAAGUACGGCAUCGCUUACAAAGGUUGUAGACAGCUUCAAAGAGAAAAACAGUCCUUACUUUGCAAAGUUUAUACUUUACCGACGAGGCAUGUUUACCUCCAAGUAUAAUGAACAGUC